CUUGCUUUACGGGGCGGGAAAGAUUCCCUCCUCUUCACUGUACUUUAAAUAAGCUUUAAGCUAUUUCAUAACCAAGAGAUAAGACGCUUUUCACGGCGGUCUGUGAUUGGCUGCAGGGAAGUGUCCUCGUCUCCACUGGCGGGGACAGAUGUCCAUCAGAUGGGCUUGCGUGUGGAUCUGAUGCAUCCGCUGUGCUGCGGCUGUCAGCAAAACUGCAGACCUAAAAAACCACAUCAGAUGAAGAACCGGGAAGUACCGAAGUUCGGCUGCAUGUAGAAAGGUUUCAGCCGAUCAGAAAUGAGGGGAGUGAAUAAUGGGGACCAACAGCCAGAGGAGCAACUUUAAACCCGAGGUCGACCUCAACGCUCCCGCUCGGAGUGACGAUGACAGAGCGACGCCCAACGUUUCUGUCAAAGGCCUCAAGGAAAACUGGCAGAAGUGGUCCAGUGAGCACCAGGAGAGCCAGAAGCUCAACCCCUUCAGCCAUGACACCAGGCAGACUGUCGUGGCCCUUCACAGGGGACAGGAUGAUUACGGGAGACCCCAGCAGGGGUCCCUGACUGAGAAACGUGGGAAGGAGGCUCACACACACAUCGGCAGGGAGAUCCAGAAGCUGUGCGAGGUGAUAAGGGACAUCGGGCAGCACGACGGGGACAGACGUGAGGACCACAGGAAAGGGAUCACGGUUGAAUUUGGGAAGCUUUUUGAGCAUUACGUGGCCAUCUCCAAUACGCUGGUGGGAAUUCUUUUACGGGCCAGAAAACAGGGACUGGUGGACUUCGAGGGAGAGACGCUGUGGCAAGGAAAGGACGACCAUGUAGUUAUCACUUUGUUGGAAUAAGCACAUAUUGGGAUUUUGCUGAUGCUUUGAUUCAUGUUGAGAAAGAGUGACUUCAGAAAAAAAAAUACAACCACAAAAUCAAAUCCUCUACUACCCCUAAUUUUUAUUAAAAAGUUGUUUUAGAUCAGCACAGAGUGAAAACACAAGCAGGUAGAAUUAUCAUCAACAUUUCCAACAUAAUUUCAAGAGAACAAGACAGUAUUUCUGUUCACAUCCAUAAAGGAUUACAAGCCUCAACAGCAGUUUGGUCUAGUUGAGUCUGGACUUUGACUAGGCUAUUCAAAAGUCUUGAUGCUUCUCUUCCAGCCAUCCGGUGUAGAUUUACUGCAUAGUCCUGUUAAAUACUCAGUUUGAGCCAAACUUUGUUAGAAAUCUAAUCUUACAUUUGACUCUAUUACUACAAUGUAGAUGUGAAUUCAUGGCCAAUUCAGUGUAAGGGUGCAUUGGCCUCCAGAAAAGGCCCAACUUGUCACCCGUCUGCCACAGUGCUUGACAAUUAGAAUGAGAUCUCCUCUCUAAAAGAACCGAGUCCCCAUUACUGUAUUCUACUGUACUACAUUUGGCGAUUGAAAACAACUUUGUUGUUAAAUAAUCCACUCUUCAAGAUGUUGCUUGCUGCUGUAAGCCUAUAAAUGUAUGAAAAGAACCACACAAACCCGGCCACACUGAAGUCCACGGCUUUAUGAUGCACUGAAAGUACACGAGCGGGGUAGAAGGGCCUGAAACAAAAGGAGAACACAAAGCCUGCCGCUGACAGACAAUCUGGUGCUAUAAGAUGAACCUGAUCCAACUUGGACCAGAGCCUCGCACUAUGCGUUUAUAACAGAGGUGCUUUGUAGUUGCAUUGUCAUGAUGAUUAGUUUUGUUGGGUUUUUUUUUGGUACCUUAACCACACUAAGAUGUACAGUGAAAUAAAAGCACUACUUUAAAAAUGU